CUAGUCAACUGGGUGGGGAUUCCUAUGGGUUGUAGCCUCAAUGGCGCUGCACAUGCGUUCACAGACGAUAUAAAAGCACAGAUGAGUAAAGAUGAGUCCUCCAUAUAUCUCUAUGGACACACCUGAGAAUUUUGCUGAAGUUAAAUUGUUGGCCUUUCUUGCGAAUGGAAACACCCAACGUAGCUGAGUGAUUUAAUCCCGUGAAGCACUCUCUUUACUUGGAUUUUAAACAAGGAACGCAGAAAAAGAUUUCAACAAAUUGGCAUAUAGCCUUUCUUCUUUGUUUUCCUGCAAAAUACAGAAUUAUUGCUAUAACCCGUUUUGUCGGUCGACUAUUGAACUAAUUUCAUGUCGCACGUUCUGUGUUGGGGAAAUUAAUAGAAUAUCGUUUUGUUUGAAAUGAAAUAAGACAUUUAGUAGACUGAAUGAGCGUUGAACCUUUGUCCAAAUAUUUUUUAUAGGAGUAAUUCACACGGAAACCGAGAGGAAACAUAAAACAACACUCGACUGCAUUUACCUUCUUUGUGUCGUAGGCUAUUGCUCAGUAGGCUACGUCCUUCAAGUAUCGGCGAUAAUGACUGCUCUGUGUACUGGGUCAAUAUUAGGAUCUGCGCUGUUGCUCCUGUCAAUAGUCUGCCAAGACAACGCACAGGUUACAAAUGGAGAAGAAUGCGCCAGGGAUUUCAUUGUGGGCAAUGAAAACUUUGUGCUAGACACUGAAGACUCUGUCAAAACAGGAGCCAGAUUCAUCUCGUCUCCAACUGUAACCCAAGCUGAAGACUGUGUUGACUAUUGUUGCAAAGACCCCAAUUGCAACUUGGCUCUGAUUGAGAAUGGUGCAGAGAAAGGCUCGGUUACAACUUGCUUUCUGUUUAAUUGCCUGUACAAUAGAGAGUAUGUCUGCAGGUUUGUGAACAAAGUGGGAUUCACAAAUUACAUUUUGGACUCAGUCUAUGAAGAUUACCUGGGAGGACCUGAAAGCACCCGUGGUAAGAUCAAGACUCGACUCACUCCAGUUACAGGUGAUGAGGAUAAGUUCCCCACGGCCAACGCGGGCCGGAACAUUGUGGUCCAACCCAAUGACAGGGUGACAUUGAAUGGCAUUGAGAGCUGGGACGACAAAGGGAUCACCAGCUACAAGUGGAGCCUUGUGGAGGGGAACAACACGGUGGUCAUUACGAAAACGGACCUGAAGGAUCAGGUGAUGCUGUUAAACCUGAAACCUGGGAUGUACGUCUUCCAGCUAAAGGUUACCGACUCCAGCAACCAGUCAGACACGGAUCAGGUCUCGGUCCUCGUCCUCACUCCAGAACAGUCUGAGGGUCACUGUCUUGUCCCCAAGAAGGUGGGUCAUUGUCGAGGUGCCUUCCCUAGGUGGCACUACAACGGAGCGUCGGAGAAGUGUGAGGAGUUCACCUUCGGAGGCUGCAAGGGGAACCGCAACAAUUACUUGUCUCUGCAGGAGUGCUCCGACGCCUGCCAAGGCGUGUCAGCUGCUUCAGGAAGAAGAGUGCCUACUGAAGGGGAGGUGUGUGGCUCCCACUGUAACUCUGGUCAGUUUACCUGUGCCAACGGCUGCUGUCUGGACGAAGUCCUGGAGUGUGACACGGUGACUCAGUGCAGCGACGGCUCUGACGAGGCGUCCUGCGACAAGCUGAACCAGACCUUCACUCGUCUCCUGAACAUUAAUGUGGACAAAAGUAAGGCCCGCUGCACCGAGUCCCCCAGGACGGGGCCGUGCCGUGCCAGCCACUCCCACUGGUACUAUGACCCGCUCAACAGGAAGUGCCAUCGCUUCACCUACGGCGGAUGUGACGGCAACGACAACAACUUUGACAUUGAGGAGAGCUGCACUGAGACCUGCAAGGGCGUGACUGAACAUGAUGUGUUUGCAAGGGGAAUGUUUGAACGCUACGAGGAAGAGGAAACUGAGUCCGGCUCCAUCGCUAUAGCUAUAGUGUUAGCGGUAGCCAUCAUGGCGGUGCUGGCUGUCCUGGGUUACUGCUUCCUGAAGCACAGGAAGGACCGUUCGCAGCACCAGCCCGUGGCCACCAAUGUCCCCCAUGUUGCCUUUGAAGACCGAGACACCCUGGUCUACAACACCACCACCAAGCCUGUCUGAACCAACAAGCACCUGCCUGGCUUUCAGGACCUUGGUAUAUUGUGUUCAUGUGUAUAUACUGAUCUAACCAGAGAAGGACCAGAGCAAUAAAUACACAUCUCCAACACAGGUCCAGAAACUCCAGAUACAGUCAGUAAGUGAGCAAUUUUAAGCAACAUUUCACUUGAACAGAGCUUUGCUUUGGCUCCUCCUUGGACAACCGGUUUUUGCUUUCAGAGAAUUUAGCAUUAAGGAGUUGGUACAUUAGCAUGCUCUGUCGAAACCAUUCUGCAGAGCUUUGAGUGCACAAAAAGUAUGAGACAUGGGCACAAAUCCAAAUACUAUGUAUGUGUGGGCUUUUUUAAGUGUGUUUUGUAUGUAACACAUUCUCAGGGGGAAAAAAUCUUUGUUCUAGGUUUUUCUUACAGAUUUUGUAAAGAUUAUUUUUUUUCUUUACCUUUUUAUUUAUAAAAUGUGAUUAGUCGCAAGGUUUGUGCUGGGUUUGCAUUAGGCGUUGUUUUGUCAUGAAAAUGUAUAAGGUUAACCACACCAGAUUUUAAAUGUAGGUACCAAUAAGUGCUCUAUGUACGUUUUUACUUACUGAAAUAUUAUUAUUUUUAAGCUGUGUUUAUGCACCAGUGUGUCUGUGUACUGAAUUGUUAUCAUACUGUAAUCGUUUCUUACUUUAAGUAACAACCAUGGCCUAGAUCGUGCGGUAGGUGUCUUUUUUUUAAAAAGUGUUCUAUGUUUGUGUUUCAUGUUUCCUUUUAACCGUAAUAAAACGUUAAUUACAUAAUAGAA